AUGAGAACGGCUUUCCUAGCUACUAUUCUCACUUUCCUGCCUUGUGCUCUUGCUGGACAAGAUGCUUGGCAUAUGGAUGUGCUCGGUACACUCGUUCGAGAACAGUUGGAUCCCAUCGUCAGCCCGAACAAGCAGUCUUCGCAUAUGCAUCGGAUCGCAGGUGGCUCCGCUUUUGCAGCCAACUACGAUUAUGAAACUCAACUCACUUCCAGCUGCACGACGAGCGGCCUUACCAUCGACAAAUCAAACUACUGGAUGCCUCAGCUCUACUGGGUGAACAGUAGUACCUCCUUUUAUCCUCUAACCUCGGUCAACCGGUUCUACUACUUUCUCGGGCGAGAUGAUCCCAACGUCCCAGUCAAUCCCUUUCCGAAAGGAUUGAGAAUCCUUCAAGGCGAUCCGAACGCCAAGACAUCGAUCGGUUGGAACACCUUUCAAUGCCAGCGAUCAACGACGGAUCAAUACAAUGGCGACAGUUUCAACUUCGACACCCCCUGCGCUCAGGGUAUCAAGACCGAGGUCCGUUUCCCGCCGUGUUGGGACGGAAUCAAUCUCUACAAGUCCGACGGGUCCCACAUGACUUGGCCGAGUAUUGCGCCAGGUUUCGGGAAUUGUCCGUUGAGCCAUCCAGUGCGGCUGCCCCAGAUCCUUUUGGAGUAUACCUGGCAAGUUCCUGCUUUCGCCCGGGGUAUCAAUACCAGAGGCAAUCUGGCUUGGGCCAAUGGCGACACCACCGGAUAUGGUAUUCACGCCGAUUUCCAAAACGGGUGGGACUACGAGAUCUUGAAAGCGGCUCUUCAGGAUCCGGCUUGUGUUGGGUUAGGCAACUCCAUCGCCAUCAUCGACUGUCCGACUUUUGCAAACUAUGUGAAUCUGGCCGCGGCCAAGGCUUGUACCCGCCCCGAUCGUGGUUCUCUGACCGAGCCUACCGGCGUCACGGACUGGAGCGCGAUCUCCUCGCUUCCCGGGUGUAACCAGCUGUGGGGAAGCACUGGCUCCAAGCCCACUUGCAAUCCAGCAGUGCCAGGCCUGAGCGUCGCGGGCCUCACGGGCACAGAUGGGCCUUACCUUGCUAGCGCUUACGGUCAAGAAUCGAGCUUCAAACUGCCCGAAAACGCCACCGAUUGGACUCGGGUCGGAUGUUUCUUUUCCAACUCCAAUCCGACGUUGGACAAUACGAACAGUUUUUACGAUGCGUACAUGACACCAGAGCGUUGCACAGCGGCAUGCGGCAAGACGGGAAAGCCCUUCGCUGCCAUGCAAAAACGAGGGGAUCCUUAUGUAUGCAUGUGUGGUAGCGGUCUCUCGAAUUUGGCAGCGUUGGAGCCAUCUCAAUGUACACUUCCUUGCCCAGGCGACGCUUCGCAAACCUGCGGAGGAAUGUACUUUUGGGAAGUGUACUACGGCCCCAACACCACCACCCGAGACGGAGGAUGCUACAUGCCGUCCGCCAACCCGACGUCUCCCGGAUUUGACGCAAGCGCGACGUACAGUUUCAGUUCAUCCAUGAUGACCCGAUCCGUUUGCUCGAGCGCGUGUCAAGAUCGAAAGUCUGACUGGGCUGGCCUUCUGAACGGCAACACUUGCUCUUGUGGGAAUGGCUACCCUGUCGGAAGCGGUACCUUUUCGCCCGAUGACCAGUGCAACACAAAGUGCAACGGCAACGAGACCUGCGGAACGCCCUCAAACCUGUUCAUCAUGCUGCUCGGGACGUCGAACACCACUUCAUCAUCCGAGAUCGAUCGAAAAGACGGGAAGAUGGGGUGCUACCUGGAUUCCUCGUCAGCAAGAGCUCUGACGGGGUCGACUUACAAGCAUCCUUCAUUGAUGACCCCCGACUAUUGUCGAGAAGGAUGCCUGGAGAUGGGAUUCUCCUUGUCCGGUGUGGAAGCAGGGGAUACUUGCUACUGUGGGAACGACAACUUGUCCAAACAGAUCAUGCCCGAAAGCCAAUGCGGCCAGGCCUGUUCGGGCAAUUCCUCAUUGACUUGCGGAAACAGUAACAACAUCGAGAUAUACAACACGUCCAGCAACGUACAAGCUCUGGCAGCUAUCAAGACCUCCCGCGCCAGUAACUGGCUCGGUUGUUGGGCCGACUCGCCUGUAGGAACCGCGCUCACGCAAUAUUCGUACUCGUCCUCGGUCAUGACGGGAACCGCUUGCAAAGAAGCUUGUGCAGGAUUCGGGUACGCCUUUGCUGGAACGGAAAAUGGCAAGAGCUGUUAUACGGACUCUGGUACCUCCCGUACCCUAGGCAGCUACAGCUUUACCAGCUCUAGCAUGACCAACACCAUGUGCCGGACCGGAUGUGCUCAGCUAAAGUAUGCCUUCGCUGGUACGGAGGGUGGCAACCAGUGCUACUGCGGGCAAGCGAUCGGUAGCUCUGCUGCUCUUCAACCCAACUCUGUCUGUUCUACGGUCUGUGCUGGAAACUCUUCGCAAACCUGUGGAGGUGGUUGGAGGAUAAAGGUCUACGCUAUCGACGACUACCAUGUUCCGAUCGAGCCAGAAGGGUCCCUCGGCUGUUACAUGACCACGAACCCAUCCACCAAAGCGAAUGGUCUAUCCGCAUACAGUUACUCGAACGGAAACAUGGACACCAGUCUGUGCAGGCUGACGUGCCUCUCUCAGGGCUAUUCGGUAGCUUCUCUCAAUUUCGGAAACAAAUGCUCUUGCGGUAACGCUUGGGUCGGAGGGGCACAGAUCGCGACCUUGCUCUGCGAUACCAAAUGUGUCGGCAAUUCGUCUGAAACGUGUGGCAACGGUUGGGCCAGCACUGUGCUAUCUACUGCUGGUGCCGCUUUCGUACCUCCUGCGGACGGAAUUGCCGGCUUGCAGGGUUGCUUUGCGGACCCCGCGACCAUGAAGGCAUACUCGUAUACUUCGACCAUCAUGUCACCAGGACUGUGUGCGCAACAAUGCAAGAUGCUAAACUACCCUUUGUCGGGUGUGCAGAAUGGUAACACCUGUUUGUGUGGAUCCUCGAUGCCCAAGGCUCGUUUGCCGCUGUCAUCGUGCGCAACCCAAUGUGCCAAUGUCGCCAAUGUGACGUGUGGGGGAAGCACGACUGUAGCUGCCUAUCUAGUGGACCCUCUCGUAUCGCAGUUGACAGCGGCUGGACAGCUCAUCGGCUCGAACCCUGGUGCUCGUGGCUACAUCGGGUGCUAUCAGGACGCAUCCACCGGUAAACUGCUCAGCGAUUGGAGCUACUAUACCUCUGGCUUGACGACGCAGACAUGUCUGCAGCUUUGUGCUGCCCAAGGAUAUGCUCUGGCCGGAACGACGAACGGCAAGACCUGUUACUGCGGGAACGUCAAGACUCCCGGUACAUCAGGUUUCCUUCGUGCGGAUUCGGAAUGUGCGACUCCCUGUGCAGGCAACACUACCGAGAUGUGUGGGGGAGGCUACAGGGUUUCACUUUACGAUACAAAGGCGGCUAGGGUUUCGACCACUCUAGUCAAUCAACCCGGACUUGUCGGAUGCUAUGAAUCAGGCAGUCUUCAGGCCGCUCCACCUUACUCCCUCUACUCGGCCACCAUGACCGCUAGUACUUGCAGAUCUACCUGCCUCAACCGCGGAUAUACGACUGCGGCCUUGAACAAGAACAACUGUUACUGUACGACGGCCAAGACGUGGGGAGGAAUAAGGCCGCUAGGUGACUGCACUCUCACGUGCCCAGGAAACGGUGCGCAACUGUGUGGGGGGAACAACCUGUUGAGCCUCUACAACACUUCAGACUCGCCGGCGUCGGGAACAAGUUCGUUCAGCACCUCAACCCAGGCCAGUAGCUACAGUCAAAGUUCCUCCUUGACCACCCGGCCCAUCACAUCCACACAACAAGCUACUGGCACGUCGCCUUCGUCUGUUCGGUCCGCUACCGGUGUGACCUCGACCAUGCGAGGUACCGUUCUGUCUUCGAUCUCCUCAUUCACCUCGAUGUUCUCGGCAACGGCUACGAGGGCGUCUGUCUCGUCUUCGGUAUCGUCCACUACGGUGCCAUCGAGUAGCUCGGGCUUCACUGCUUCCAUCGGAACUGGAGCCGUCACAAGGGUUGCGACAACAGCCGCAACAUCCAUCCUCUCUCAGGGAUCGUCGGUAUCGCGCUCAAGCUCCGUAAGCUCCAUCAGCUCGGCUUCAAGGACCCAAACGGGUACUGCGUCCAGUACCGGAACGCAAUCGUCCAUGCCCGUCCAGAACGGUAUAGCCUGCCCGCUACAAUCGCAGCCCGCGGCGCAGUACAUUUACAUAUAUCGUACCGAGACUGCCACCGUAACCGUCACCGCAAGUCCCUCAUCGACCGCACCAGCUAUGGAUCUCAAUAGGAGACGGAAUCGGAUCUUGCCAUUCGUGCUAGUGGGAUUGGUGAUACUGUUGGCCGGGCGAUACCAAUUCGACGGCGGUCCGAACACGCCUCGACGUGAUUUCGAGACGGCCUUUCCACGUCCCCAAUGGGCCUCGGACCAUCCGAACUACCAUUCGAGGCAUCUGGCCGAGAACGAAUGGAAGAUUAGGAGGAUCGCAGCAUGUGUCGAAGCGAACAACUGCCCGCCUCACCGAGACGAGGUCAUCAUCAUGGCAAGUUGGCAUUGCCAUGUUGCGCGGUAUGCUGGGUAUAGAGGGGGAGAAGGCGUCUGGUGUCUAGCUAUCGUCGACUGGCUGGAGAGAGCUGGAUAUACCCUCCUAUGGGUUUCUGAUGACUACGAGGAAGCUCGGAGAUUACAUCUACAGAUUCCCGAUCUCACCAAGGUCCGUCUCGCAUGGAUCGAUAGUCCUGCUCGAAUACCUUCUGAUAUCCCUCGACCCUCGUCAUGCUUUCCCGUCAACUUCCGGGCACAGAUGGUCAUCGGAGGCGGCGAGCAAAGGGCCAAAGACGUCUUCAAGACAAAGCAAGAUCCGUCGGGCAUACCAGCGUGGAAACAUAUCGAUUUCUACUACUUCCCGACGCAAGACAGGAGCCCGAUCUCGGAUGCAUGGAUCAUCUGCGCAGAACCAGAAGCUUUCGAGCCGGGACGGGGCUUUACGUACAUCGGGUACCCACUGGUUUGCAACACGUCGCAGGUGGUCCCGUAUGAGAAGCGAUCCAAUCGAGUCUGGGUCUUGACAAAGCGACUACAAUACUUUUACUCUGUCGACCCAGCUUGGGAACCCAGCUUUUUCCGCCGCGCUCAUGACGUAUUGAGCAAAGAAUUCCCAGACUUCGAGUUCGUUGCCGCCUAUGUCGACGAUCGCUCCGAAGAGCAAAAGAAGAAGAAUCCGGAAUGGGUGGCCGUCGACGGGGUUCGGAACCUAGGCUCGUUGAAUGCGGAUCAGUUUCAGCAAGAAGUUGCUGCAUCCAGGACGAUGCUUGGCAUUGGAUCCCCCGGACUAAGUCCGAGCCCGCACAUUGCCUUGUGCAUGGGCGUAUCGUUUAUCAAUCCGUUUGUACUCCCCGGAUUCGGUACUAUGGAGGAUCGCCGAAGCUGGCGGUUUGCUCAACAUGCUACCAUGAUGCGCCUGGACCCUCCCUUUGUCUGGCACGCGCGACGAUUCGUGUUUGAAGAGUUCCUACAGGCUAUCAGAGAGUCGCUGCAGACUCCCACACCGAGGCAAGUCGAUUACCAAUGGCCUCACAUGACAUUAGAAGCCUUUGAAGAGCGAAUGCACAAGUUGACCUCGCGCAAUCUUUCCGCCGAAGCAGAAGUCAUCUUCCAGCAGGCAUCAGGGGACAACACGGACGACCCGAGGCGAAAGUACUGGGUUUUGUGAUCGACGAGAUUGGGGUACCAGAUUUGUAUCGCCUUUUGAAAAUGCUCUCGAGGGUCUCUAUCUCAGACGUCUCGGGCCAGGUGGGCGAGUAACCUCUGAAACUCGAUGCCAUCUUUCCUCCUACUCUCGGCGCACGGCAGGCAUACUUGUCUCGAAGCCUUUGUAGUUGGUUCGCAAUGGCCCC